GCCUCUGUCUUAAAAAUGUCAAAACAGCCAGCGUCACAUGUCAAAGCCAUUCAGGCUAAUAUUAACAUCCCCAUGGGAGCAUUUCGACCUGGUGCAGGCCACCCUCAUAAAAGAAAAGAGCUUACACCUGAAGAAGUGGAGGAGAGCAUUCCUGCUUCAUCAGAGGAGGAGAAAGACAAGAAACAUCUUCCAGGAGCUAAGAAACUUCCAGGCCUUGCUGUCGACUUGUCAGAGAUUCAGAACAUAAAGAGUGAGCUGAAAUUUGUCCCCAAAGCUGAACAGUAGCUGGAACAAGCAGGUCUGACAAGACAAACUGAUUGGACUGCAAUGGAUGGAGAUAAUUUGAGAUGUUUUAUAUAUUUGUAUGAAGACCAUGAACUUCCUGACUCUGCAGCACACCCCAGGAAGCAUCUUCUUUGUACAUUUAUAGCAACACUUCCUUGUUGUCUGUUUUGUCUCAGGUAG